GCUCAUUUGUUUUGAUUUUUCACGCCCCGUGCACACCAUAGUCCGGUUUUUUUUUCUUGUGCAAACACAAGUUGAGGUAGCGACGCGGAAGACUCGAAUUGUUUCGGAAAAUAAAGACACUGUUUCUUCUCUUACUCUUGGUACGUCCGCCGGCGCUUUGUUGUGUUUCCGCCGCUGCGCUAAUAACUACGCCGAGAGCAUCUUCUCAGCUAUCGCGCAAUUGAAAAUAACACCAUGACAGUUUACCCCGACCCCACGGAAGACGCGCGGGCCGUCUCAACGAUCGGUAUCAAUUUAAGACUAGUGCUAGUCAUCUGUGCUCUUGCGGAAAAUUCAGUACUCCUCAUUCGCACAUCCUCGUUCACAAAAGAAAGUUUCUGUGGAGCUACCACUGCUUGCAGUAAACUUCUGAAGGUCUUGAAUAGAAAGUAAAAGUAAUUAUCUCUUGUAGAGCGCCGUCGGACUGGUGCGUACACACGUUUUCUUGAUGCAACCAAGUAGUGCAGAUUCGCCUCAUAUUAAAAAAAUCGUAGCGCCUUCUGGCACCACCGCGAUUCAGUUCACCACGCCGCUGAAGGCUUCGCCGGCCGACUGCUGUUCGGUCGAUAUCGCGGACUACUUGUCCCCGAAAGCGUAUUCCGAGCGCAAGCAGAACCACACGGACCACGGGGCUAUGGGACUGUUCUCGGACAUGUAAUUUAUUUAGCGUUUUUUUUCCGUCAUGCUCGUAGAUCACCGAUGUCAUUCUGUUUUGGCUUUGCAUAAGCUAGAUCGCUGCACAUAUUUCUCGAUGCAGUACAAUUAUCUCGCAAGGACAGAGUUAUCGAAACGAAAUAUCACAAACCGAAAAACCCCUCUUCUCUUAGGCGCUCCUUCCCGCACGAGCAGCAUGCAUCGCCGCCGGACCUGCCGUCGACCCAGACUCUGCCCGUCGACAAGAUGGCUUGGGAUCAUUCUGCGGGAGGCGUGUCGCAUCCGCAAGGGACGAACAAAGGUGCAGCCAACGGUCCCGUGUUCGGUGCCACCCCGGACGCUUCCCCGGCGUAUUUACCGAGCAUGCACGCGGUAGGAUGUUUGCUGCUUUGCUAGAUUUUUUUGUCAACAUCCGCGAGUAGAAAGAACACGCUACCAAACGUCGGUCUGAUACUGUUUCUACUUUGUGAUUAUGCUACAACAUGUUGUUCAGACAUUAUUCAUCGAACAGGCAACCUCCCCGCCCACGAUGCCGCCGCCGGUUAUGCCAAUGUUGUCGACUCCGUUUUUCGAUGCGGAUUCCCCCAUGAUGUUGCCUUCGAUGGUAUGAACCGAGAAAGAGCAAAGUGAUGAAAAAUCGAAAUGUUUCAGCGUGUUGUAUUGCAAUAUUUCUAUGCAUAAUUCGAAGAUCUCCGUGAAGCUCUGGAGGCCUUUGUGUUGUUUCAGCUUCGCAUCUUCACAUCGCAUGCUGAUUUGUAGCAAAUUGUUAGCUAUGUGUCCUCGUGUACGACUGCAAGAAAUCGAAUCAAGAACACUUCCCCUACUUUCCCACUCCAUACGCCGCCCCGAAUGGAACCACCCUGCCCUGCAUGUCGCCGUAUCCGAAGGAACAAGGAAGCAACUUGAGAAACUUUCACUCGGGUACUUAGAAGUACUGAUCUAGAGACAGAGUCAAAGCGUUUUUGGUUUUGUGUCGCUGUUCUUAUGUGUAUGCGCAUGACAUAGAUUAUCGGCUUUUGGUUUCAAUUUCAUUGAUUUAUCAAAAAAAUGUAGUAAAAAUCAAAAAAAUGUUCCUAUCGCAGAUUUUUCCCUGACCGGAGGUUCCGGCCUGACCGGCCACGUUUAUCAGGGUACGGACAGCACGUCUAUCCUAUGUAAAAACGUCCCCACCCCAGAGUCAAGAUGGGGAUUUUGCAACACAAACCUUGAAGUUUUGGGAACCACGCAUGACAAAUUGCAGGCUAUAGUGUAGUCCAGUUUAGCAAGGGAAGCCGCAUAACAAAGCGAUCUCCUUAUGCUGUUUACAGCAUUACAAGUUCCAAAACACGAUUGAUAAUGCCCCUCAUGGGAUCGCGCAUUACAAACGCUCUUGUGCUUGCAGAUCUGCAUCACAACUCUGGGAUGGGGACGUUUUUACUCAGGAUAACGUCCAUGCCGAAUUCUUCCCCCGAGCGCAUGACCACGUCUCCCGAGUUGGUGGACCCGCAUGGAGCUUAUGCAUUGCAAAAAUUGUUGUACUAUCGCACUAGAAUGUGAUUUCCAAUUUUUGCAAAGGUAAUUCGUGGUAAAAAUGCUGGACCAGCUGGAGGUCCUUUGGAAAGGGAACUAGCGGACUUGUUGUGGUGCAGCUGUGUUGCAUAAGUGAUUUAAGAUUUAUUUUUAUGCGCUGGUACAACAAAAGCAUUUAUUCACGGCAUAAAAAAGCUACUGGCCCGCAGUCCGGCAUGAUGACCCAGUUUCAGCAACAGCACCAGCAACAAGCAAAGUCACUCAACUGCCUCAUGUCGCACCUGGUCUCGACGAACAACGGAAAUAUGGAGAACUUCAAUGGACAACAGCAGCAGACGCCGCCGUUGAGCGGCGGUUGCGUGAACCAACAGCAUGUUGGCCCGAUGAUGAACCAGCAACAGCCAUUUAGCAACCAGAACUUCAACCUGCAACAAAACCAGAACAGCUUUAUGUUCUCGUCUCCCGGCGGGGGAGCAGCCCCCGUCACCCAUGCUGGUGGUGCCCCAGCGCAGCAGCAACAGCAGCAGCAGGAGUACAACAACUUUGCGAACAACAAUGCCGCGACGACCAACCCGCUGCAAAACACGGUUUCUUCGUACCAAACGACCAACUCGUCCCCGUUGUUGAGCGAGAUGAAUUUCGGGUUGCAAGACUUGCAGCGCACAAACGACGUGUCGGUGUUGACCGCGAACACGGGUGCCACGACGACUUCGGCGAACUACAACCACAGCGGUCAGUACAACAACAUUAUGCACCAGGAGCCGACGAAUUCCGCGAACAGUUCCGUGAUGCAACAGACCAAUUCGCUCGUCACACUGAACGGGUGGCAGCAGAUAUCAAAUGCAAAAAUGUCUGGGUCUGGAAGAAUGCGCGACUUGUCAUGCAGAUUUUCCAUGACUCGCGAGGUCUGGAAUGCAGGAACUAGCAUGACAGACUCUGUGAGAUCUCUGUCACGCCUGUCCCGCAUGAGAAACUCCCUCUCAGCCAGGUCAAAAGUGGACAACUUUUGGUAAGCAUGCAACACAGAUUUUUACAGGAUGCAGACUUAGCAUGACAAGUUGCAACCUUCCAGACCCAGACAUGUUUGCAAUGCAUGACAGAUCAACGAGGACAACCGGUUUGAGAGCGUGAACAGCCUGACGAACUCUACGUUUUAUGCCAACAAUAUGCUCUGCAAAAGUUUAUUUCUCGGUCUUUUACUAGUAAGUUGUUGGGAACAAAGAAGUGUACCAUGAUAGGACCUGAGUAAAAAUCUUACGGACAACAUCAGCUGCGUGACAAAUAUUUGUUCACUUGUUUAUUUUCUUUUGGCAAUCAAUACAAUAUUGUCCACUAGUAAACUGCAAACUCACUUUUGCAAAGAUGCAUAAACAACAACGAGCCGCAGGUUGAGACGAAUCAGUAUAGCUACAGCCAGACGAACACGGGUGCCGUCGAGUGGAAUACCUACAACAACCAGGUUAAUGACAACAACAAUUUCAACAACCAGACUUACAACUACGCCGGUGCGGGCGCGGCCGCGCCAGGCUUUCAGCAGCCGAUGGCCCCCGCGCCGGGAAACGAAGAUCAGAAUUCAUCUUCGGACAAUUUUUAUGCGUAUGAUGCGAACUACAGCUGUACUGCUGGCACCAAUGGAGAUGCAGUCAGCGGCGGAAAAAAUAAAGGCGAUGAUCAACAGGUCGUGGAGCAAAACCAGGGUCAGUACAACUUGCACGCCGCGACCGGUAAGAACUUUUCCUCCUCCCAACAGCAGUACACCAGUUUCCGGGAACAUCGCAGCGGGGGGAAGAUGAACGCGAAGAACUUCCGACAGCAGCAGCAGAACAACGGGUUUGGUGGGAAUAAAAACGCCGGUCGGAAAGGUGGGGGUUUUUCCAACAAUAGCGGCGGAAAAGGUUCCGCCGCUAUUGUUGUACUUACCGGCGGAAAGGUGUUUGGAUCUUCUUCUGCAGCCGGAUCGUACCACAACGGCAAAGGAAAGAAGAGCAACUCCGGAGCAGGUCAACAUCGCGGAUCCACUUCGCCGGGGGGAGGCUGCAACUACUACACCAGUACUAGUGCCAACUAUCAGAUGAACAAGCCCGUCUGCACGGAUAACCACGCCACACUGGGGCUGGAAAACUUCGACCAGGUCGUGAACGGCAACUGCUACAAACCGAGUACUUUUGGAGCAGAUGGUGGUACCACGUCCUCGCCGGCGGCGCACCAAACGACCUCAGGGGGAUACAAUAACUACGGGGGUUACAAAAAUCGUACUGGGGUCUUCAACAUGGAAGAUGAUAACAAGGAAAAUAUCGACCCGAACAACAGUACUUCUGAGAUGAACGGAAGCGGCUGCAGCAACGAGGGGAAGUUCUACGUUCCGCGCGACACGGAAUCCUGGGGGAAGGUGCAGAAGGACGUGGAGCACAUGCACUACACGCAAAAUUUGAACACGAACUCCGCGAAAGUGUACAUCCAGACGCUGAUGAAGACCAUGGACAAGCGGAACCCGGUGGCGACCACGAUCCUCUUCCGUAAAAUCUUGGAAGUGCUGCGCUACAUGCAGUUUGUCGACACGACCAGACGUAUUCUUCUUCGGAUUUCAUUUUCAAGGCUAUGAUGGAGGAGCUCGGAUUUUUUCAAAAGAAAUGUUGUCGUCUACUUCACGAUGUGUCACUGUUAUGAUCCUAUGAUUAUGUGAGUGCGCCGUCAUGCAGCAUGAAAUUCGCUUUACAAAUCACAAAAUCUUCUCAGCCCGUCGGUUGCCGCCGAUCUCGGCUCCGGUGCAUUUGACGUUGUUGGUCCGCUGCUUUGAGUCGAUGAUCUAUGGUGUUGGGGGUGCGCCGUACCUGGACGCUUCUGAGCCGUCGUACAUCAGUCAGAUCUACGAAGUGUACCGUACCCUGCAAGUGAAAAAUUCCCACGCGACCGCGGCCAUGCUCAAGGCCUGGGGACUGGUACUGAUAGAUAUGCUCGACGGACCCCGCAUGUAAAAAUGCGCAUGGGAAGGUGGCUUGGUGAAUAUAGAGUGCGCAUGACAGAUUCGGCGAAGAAAAGAAAACUAGCAAAGGAACUGAAAAGUGACCUACAACGCUUCUUUUAGCGCAGUUUUCGCAUGCCAAAUAAAGUUUGCAAAAGUCAUUUCGCAUGAGAAAUUUACGGUGAAAAUAAACCAAACUUACAAGGUUGGCAACCUGCGUCAGUGCAGCAUUUUCAUCGACCAGUACCGUGCGUUGGAGAAGAGUUCGUUAUGGAAAUGAAUUUUGAUAUUACCACGGGGAUCUGUGAUGCGUCACUUGGCAUGAGAAAUACGAUUUCUGACGCCAAUUGAUGCAUCACAGGUUUCUGUAUAUCCGUUUUCUCCCCCAUACCCCAAGAACGAGAUUUACGCGUUUCUGAUCUACCAGUCGGCUUUGGACGCGGCGUUGCGCCACAACAACCAGGAGCUGGAGGAAAAGAUCCGGUACUUUGAUAAGCGGUUUUCUAUAUGCACAUGUUAUUCGCAUGAGAAACUGGAAUUGCUACUGCAUGUUUGUUGCAGGCUGCGCAUGUAAAAAUGCAGCUUUAUUCUUUGUGGCCCCCGCAUAGGACGAACUACUACACGAAGAAAACAUCAUGGUCAACAUCCGCACUGCGUAAGAGGAAAGGAACAGCUCUUGCCAGUCGUCCGAAUUGCAAUUCGAAUGCUAUCAGGCGCUUCAUCCAUGUUGAUGCGAUUUCGGGCGUCGACGAGUACUGGAACCGCAGUGUGAAGGUGGAUAUGCACUGCAAAAUCAUUCUCGGACAGCUUGUAUGCUUACAAACUGCAGGCUAGCAUGACAGAUGUACUUCCCUUGUUUCUGACCUGAAUCUGCAUCAUGGAACAAGUACAAUGCUCCCUCGUGGAAACAUUUGCUAUGCAAUUUGUACUACUAUCUAGUGGUUGAUUGCUUUUGCACUGCAUAGUGCACCCGAGCGUGCCGCCGGAGCACUCCCAUCCGCACCUGUAUCAGAAUCAGCACAACGGCUACGGUGACAACCAGCAGCUGAACAGCCCGGUGGCGACCACGAAUAAUGGAUCGCAGCAGCUGUAAAGCGCACGACCGAAGUUGCUCAUUUGAAGAAAAUGCGGUGAGUAAAAAGUAGGCAAUAGUUAAUGAAACUAGCUUGAACUUUUCUAGUCAAAAACAAGCGACAAGAAUGCAAAUUUUGAAAAUAGCACCAGUAGUUGUACGCUGCAUGAUCCUCGAGUGCUCACGGAUAGGAGAUUUUGUUUCAAAAAGAACUAAAAUUCUGCAGGCUAAUAGAAGCGAUCGACCUUUUGCAAUGCGCUCUCAACUUUCCUACGCGGCGGUUAUAGGACGACGAGCAUUGCCAAGAAAUAGAAAACAGAAACCGGAACUAGACCUACACAAAUAUAGCGAAAGAAAAAAUCAUCAGUUUUGAGUUUAAGAGUAGUCCAGUAGGCAUGUAGUUUUGGGUGAGCAUUUUGCACGAUUUUUCCAUGACAAAAACAUCACCAAAAUGCACCGGAAAGAACUACUUUCUCCAUGUCUACUAGCCAUGACAGGCACGGUUGUUUCCGUGCUUCGGCGGGCUACAUCGUGAGAUUAAGAACUUCAGAUUGCAUAGACAAUUUACCCCUUUUCACCAGUGUCUGCCUUGUGCAGGAUUGGUUUAUACGAUUUAUGAACUUUUACUCGGCUAAUUUUAUUAUCGAACUCUUUUUUCAGUUUCUCAGGCGGCAGAAAACUGAUCCCAUUUUAGCCGUUUCAGCAACACCUUUUAGAACGACCACCGGGUGAAGAAACACACGACGAACGAACUGUUUCGCCCUACCACUGUGAAUAGAAUAAAUGGUAGUUAAGAAAAUUGGAGAAGUGCCGACACUGCAUCUGGUCAAGCGACCAGAACUUUUUCAAAAAAUUGAAAGACUGUGAACUGGCUUUUUAGUCCUUCUGAACAGUUUCUAUCUCCAGUUUAGAAUUUCAGUUAUACUAGUGAACUAGUUUCUCGGUCUUCUUCGGGCCGCUGUUUUUCCAUGAUUUUUCAGUUUCGUUUAUUCAAGAGCUUGUUUCCUCGUUUCUCUGGCUGUUUUCGAUUUUUAUUGCACUAGUAUUCAGUCGCUUCUCUUCAGAAAAUCAAAAUUUUGUUGUGAACAAUUUUAGCAAUCAAAACGCUACCAACAUGUAUGUCUGUUUGUUGUAGCAGAGCUCAACAAUGAAAGUUUCAGUUUUCAAACUCAACUUGCAGAGUUUUUCCUCCGGAAGGACAAUUAUAUCUGCGCAGAGAAAUUAAAAUUUACCGUUUCGCUUAGGGAUACAAAUUUACCGUUAUGACUCCACUGCUUCGCGGAUUGCAGAAUGAAUCAAUUGAGAACUCUUCACCUAGCACGGGAUAUGUUUUCGUUUUCAAAACUAUGAAAGGAUGUAAAAUUUUACCGGUUGUUGAGCUGUAGUUGCAGUUUCCGAGUGUGACCUUUACAAUGCUAGUGGUUUUUCACCUUUAGGAACGUUGAGACCUAAUCAACAGUUUUAUUUUAGAAAAUUUCUUCUCGAAUAAAUCAAAUGGCUCUUCUACUAAGAGUCAAAUCUCAAGGACCAUACGGGAAAACAGCAGCGGCGCCACGG